AUGGCCGAACCACCAACCAAGCGUGCCCGUCGCACUGACAGCUCAGCGAUGUGGGAUACAAACGACAAACGGCCGCGGCUUUCACACACCCCGGAGGCCGACGCAGAGCAAACCCAUCAUUCGCGCCAUGGAAGCUCGAGACCAGAAGAUCCUCGCACAAGCACAAAGGACGACCGCCGUUAUCGGUCUCGUUCGCGCGAUCGAUAUCCACGGAAAAGAGACAGAAGCUGGUCCCGCGACAGCUACGAGCGGACACGCGAACGAGAUCGGAACCGCGAUGGGGGAAAACGAGACUCGUACAAGGACGGGCGGGGUGUGAGGGAUCGUGAUCGGAGCACGAGUAGGGAUCGGUACAAUAGACGUGGCACAACAAAAUCCGGAAGACCUGAUCGCUCCAGGUCACCGCGCAACGGGACACGUUCUCGAGACUAUUCAGCCCGCGACCCAAAACCAGAUCAACGAGACGGAAAGCGAGACAGGAAAUCACAACCAGACCAGCGCCAUACAAAUGGUGCCUCCAAAAAGGUCGUCAAGGACGAGGAAAUUGAAGACGCCGACAAGAUGAGCGAUAUCGAAGAUACAGACGACAUCGAAGCCAUGAUGCGAAAAGCAGUUGGCUUCACAAGAUUCAGAAGCACAAAGAACACUAAAGUACCCGGAAACGAUAUAUAUGGUGUACGGAAGGAAAAGAAGACGGAAUACCGACAGUACAUGAACCGUGUUGGUGGAUUCAACAGACCUCUCAGCCCUGGCAGAUGA